AAAAUGGUGGCCGCCGCGAGCAGCGCAGGAGGUGGAUAUCACCUGCCGCCACAACAGCAUGAUGAAGAGUCUCCGACAUUGCGUGCUGAUGACGAGGCAAAUGUUAGAGCAGGUCUAGGUUCUGGAGGAGGACAACGACAACAACAUCAUGACCAUUCCUAC